AUGUCAGCCAUGGCGGUGAACUCUUUGCAAGUCAUCGAACAAGCAAAGAAGCAGUUUCAUACAGAAGAGAAGUUGGAUAUUGAUUUGCUGGAUAAGGUUGUUCUUAUGAUGAACAGAGGUGUUGGAGAAGAACAAAGACAGGCUAAUAUCGUUCUUGUUCAGUUAAAAGAGGAUCCAAAUGCAUGGACUAAAGUUGAUGCAAUCUUACAAUUCUCCCAAACAGCCGAAUCCAAAUAUUUUGCUUUGCAAAUCUUAGAAUCAGUUAUCCAAACAAGAUGGAAAGCGUUACCGAUGGAACAGAGAGAUGGAAUUAAGAGUUUUGUUGUACAAUUAAUCCUUCGAUUGAGUUCCAAUCAAGAUGAUAUGACUGCUAGUGCUUUGUUAUUGCAUAAGUUAAAUCUUGUGUUAGUUCAGAUUGUCAAGCAAGAUUGGCCAAAGAACUGGGCAUCGUUCAUUACCGAUAUUGUUGAAGCAUCUAAAUCAAGUGAUACAGUUUGUGUGAACAAUAUGAACAUUCUGGCCUUGCUUAGUGAAGAAGUUUUCGAUUUUGGUUCUCAGAACUUGACUCAGGCUAAAGAACAAAUGCUCAAACAACAGUUCUGUGGUCAAUUCCAAGAAGUGUUUUCUCUUUGUAUUGCUAUUUUGGAAAAAUGUCCAGCUCAUGCCAUGGUACAAGCCACCUUGAAAACUCUUCACCGUUUUCUUUCAUGGAUUCCCGUUGGUUAUGUCUUUGAAACUAAUAUUACGGAGCUACUUAGUGAAAAUUUUCUCUCUCUCAACUUAUACCGGGGAUUGGCAUUGCAAUGUCUAACCGAAAUCGCUUCCAUCAGAGUUGAUUCCGAGAGUGAUUCCUAUAAACAGAAAUUGAGUGGUAUGUUUUAUACAACUGUGGAAAAGAUUGGUCAAUUGCUGGGCCCCGAUGUUGACUUCGCUUCCGGUUUCAAGCAAGGAACUGAUGAAGAUCAAAAAUUCAUUUCUAUAUUAGCCCAAUUUCUUGUUGCUUUCUUAAAAGAGCAUGCUGAUCUUGUCGAGGUUACUAAUCCGCAAGGAGAAAAAGAAAUAAUGUUCCAUAAAUUGCAUUCAUACUCCAUUGAAUUGCUUUUAUCCAUCAGUCAAGUAGACGAUGUGGAAAUCUUCAAAGUCUGUCUGGACUUUUGGUGCUUUUUAACAGGAGAAUUAUAUCGCAUAUCUCCAUUUUCUAACACUUUCCUUUAUACUCUCCCCACCGCUGUAAAGAGAGAACAUCCUAGGAGAGUGCUCUAUAAGGAACAUUUAUCUAAUUUGAGAUCUAUUAUAAUUUCGCGAAUGGCAAAGCCAGAGGAGGUGCUUGUUGUUGAGAACGAACAGGGCGAGGUUGUUCGAGAAAUGGUUAAAGAUACCGAUUCCAUCACUCUAUAUAAGAACAUGAGAGAAACAUUAGUGUUCUUGACUCACUUAGAUUGCAAAGAUACUGAGCAAAAGAUGACUGAUAAGUUAAAUAGCCAGGUUAACGGAAAUGAGUUUUCAUGGAAGAAUUUGAACACCCUCUGUUGGGCCGUUGGUUCGAUUUCAGGAACAAUGUCUGAAGAUGAUGAGAAACGAUAUCUCGUACUUGUUAUUAGAGACCUAUUGGGUUUGUGUGAACAAAAAAGAGGUAAAGACAACAAGGCUGUGAUAGCUUCAAAUAUUAUGUAUGUGGUCGGCCAAUAUCCACGUUUCUUGCGAGCUCAUUGGAAGUUCCUCAAGACGGUUAUCAACAAACUGUUCGAGUUCAUGCACGAAUCUCAUGAUGGUGUUCAAGACAUGGCCUGUGAUACAUUCAUUAAGAUUGCUAUUAAGUGCAGACGUCAUUUUGUCACGACACAAUGCGGAGAAGUUCGUCCGUUUGUCAACGAAAUGUUGGAUAACUUGUCCGGCAUCAUCUGUGAUUUAACUCCACCUCAAGUGCAUGUCUUUUAUGAGGCAAUGGGACUUAUCAUUAGUGCCCAAUCUGAAUCUCAACAACAAGAAGCUUUAAUUGAACUAUUGAUGAACUUACCGAACUCUGUUUGGGAUGAAAUUUUGGGAGCUGCGACUGACAAAGUAUCGGUUUUAGAAGAUCCUGAGAUCGUUCGUAACUUAUGUAACAUCCUGAAAACUAAUGUUGCCGCUUGUAAAUCCAUCGGAGCACCGUUCUUUGUACAAUUAAGUAGAAUAUAUAUGGAUUUAUUGUCCCUCUACCGCAUUCUGUCUGAGAACGUUUCUGUUGCAGUUGAAAGGAAUGGAGAGGAUGUACUCAAAAUUCCAGUGAUCAAGCACAUCCGCGCUGUCAAGAAGGAGAUUCUCGUUUUAAUUUCAACCUGGGUCUCAAAAACUACAGACCACGAAAUGGUGAAGGAAAAUAUCGUUCCUCCUCUUUUUGAUGCCGUACUCUUGGAUUACCAAAAGAACGUACCAGCAGCGAGAGAGCCUAAAGUGCUAUCUCUUCUCUCGAUCAUUAUUGCUCAAUUGAAGGAUAAUAUAUCUUCUGAAGUUCCUAAGAUUCUUGGAGCUGUGUUUGAAUGUACAUUAGAAAUGAUUAAUAAGGACUUCCAGGCUUUCCCUGAACACCGUACUAACUUCUUCCAGCUGUUACUCUCGUUGACACAGGAAUGCUUCCCAGUUUUGUUAUCUCUACCACCAGAGCAGUUCAGUUAUAUUGUCGAUGCAGUUGUUUGGGCCUUCCAGCAUUCCAUGAGAAAUGUCGCUGAAAUUGGUCUUGAUAUUCUCAAGGAUAUGCUUGAAAAGGUUUCUCACUUACCUGCUGAACAGUCGCAGACGUUCUACAAGAGGCAUUACAUGCAAAUCCUUCAACACGUAUUGGCUGUUAUCGCAGAUAGUAGUCAGGUCCAUGUAGCAGGUUUAACAUACUAUGCUGAAGUACUGGCUGCUCUUUUCCGUGCCGCGGAAACAUAUAUAACCGUCCCACUUAACGACGAGAACCCAUCGCAAAAUAAUAUGGAUUACAUAUAUCAGCACAUCGGGAACAUUUAUGUUCAACAUUUCAGCAAUCUCACUGAAGAUCAAAUUCGGGUUUCAAUUAAGGGUUUCUUCUCAUUCAAUGCUGAUGUGCCAGCAAUGAGAAACCAUCUACGCGAUUUCCUCGUUCAAAUUAAGGAGUUCACGGGAGAGGACACUUCCGAUCUUUUCUUGGAAGAAAGGGAGGCUGAAAUUGCUGCAGCUCAAAAUAGGAAAAUGGCAAUUCCUGGGAUGAUGAACCCUAACGAGAUCGACGAGGAAGAAAUGAGGUGA